AUGGAGGAUCCACUUGCUACCAAUGGUGCCCCGGAGGAGAAUCCCGCUGGCAUGGCGGACGAGGGCAACGAUGAAAAUGAUGAUGCCAAUGCCCCAGCUGGCGGUGGUGAUGGUAAAAAGAAGAACAAGAAUCGCAGAAAGACUCGCAAAGAACGCGAAGAGGAGAAAAAGGCAAAGGAAGAGGCCAAAACGGCGACCAAAGGUCCUGGAAAAAAGCAAAUUGCAUUGAUGCAGGAGCAGCUUAAGAAAAUAAAAGAAGAGGAAGAACGUUUACAACGGGAAGAAGAGGAGCGAAUUAAGAGGGAAGAAGAAGCUGAAAAGGCCCGUUUAGAGCAACUUCGACUUGAACAGGAGCGGAAAGAAAAGAAAAAACAAAAGGAAAAGGAACGUCAAGCGCGGUUGAAGAAGGAAGGAAAACUUCUUACUGCAAAGCAAAAAGCCAGUCAACAAAGAGCUAAGCAAUCGCUGCAGGUGCAACUGGAAUCCGGACAGAUCGUUGUGCCAGCAACCUCUACUUCUGGUGGUCAAAAGCCAAAGUACGAAAAGCUGAAGCGAAAUAAAACUGGCAUCAACAAACAGACGUCAACCGAAGAAAAGGCCUCAGAUGAGUCUCCAGAUGUUUCCGAGCAAAUUGACGAUCUUGACGAGGACGAGUUAGCUACACCGGUGGAAGAGCCAGAGGUCGAUAAUUGGGAGCUUUUGGAUAUUGAUAAGAAAUCCAAAGCAAAAGAUAAACAGCCAUCGACAAAGGCACCAGCCAAAACACCAACUACCCCUACUGAAGCAGCUAAAGCACUGCCAACAGCUGCUGAACCUGUCAAAGCGACAAACGGAAUCAACCACGAUCGCAUGACCACCUCUUCAACCGUCUGCUCAAAACCUCCAGUUAACUUUCGCUCACCGAUCAUUUGCGUUCUUGGUCACGUCGACACGGGCAAAACCAAACUGCUCGAUUACAUUCGCAAAACGCACGUCCAGGACAAUGAAGCGGGCGGCAUUACCCAGCAGAUUGGCGCCACCUUUGUGCCGCCGUUUAGUAUUCACGAGCAGGCCAAGUACGUGAAGGAGAAGGCCGAAGUGGAGAUGCCCGGCCUGUUGAUCAUCGACACUCCCGGGCACGAGUCCUUCACGAACCUUCGUUCACGAGGCUCCUCUCUGUGCGACAUUGCCAUUCUUGUCAUCGAUAUUAUGCACGGCAUUGAAAAGCAGACUAUUGAGUCCAUCAACUUGCUCAGAAAGCGAAAGACGCCGUUUGUGGUGGCACUCAAUAAGAUUGACCGCCUGUACGAGUGGCGGACAAAUAAUCGCAAAGACAUCGAGGAUAACAUUAAUAGCCAACCGAAUAACACUAAGCUGGAGUUUAACAAGCGAGCCGAAGAGGUGAUUGUUCAGUUGGCUGAAAAUUCCAUCAAUGCGGCUCUCUUCUGGAAGAACCCUGACCCUCGCGAGUGGGUCUCUAUGGUGCCCACCUCUGCGCACACCGGCGAAGGCAUGGGCAACCUGCUUAAUCUCAUUGUCCACCUUACGCAGACAAUGUUGGCAAAGCGCAUCAAGUACAUUGCUGACCCACUUGAUGCGACCGUCCUUGAGGUGAAGGCUAUUCCUGGCCUUGGCACCACCAUCGACGUCAUCCUCAUCAACGGAAAGCUGAAAGAAGGCGAUAAAAUAGUGCUCGCCGGCCAUGAUGGUCCCGUCGUGACGAACAUUCGCUCUCUCUUAGUGCCUCAACCGCUGAAGGAGCUGCGCGUGAAGAGCCCCUACGAAGAGCUUAAGGUGGUAUACGGGUCAAUGGGCGUCAAAAUAUGCGCCCACGAGCUCGAAAAGGCAGUAGCCGGACUGCAGAUGUACGUGGCCUCUUCUGAAGCGGAGGUAGAACGGUUGAAGGAGCUUUGCUGGGCGCAGUUUUCACACGCAAUGAAGGCCAUCAAAUGCAGCAGUGAAGGCGUCUACGUGCAGGCAUCCACUCUAGGCUCGUUGGAGGCGCUUCUGGAGUUCCUCAAAGACUCAAAGAUUCCCUAUGCCGGCGUUCGAAUUGGCCCGGUCGUGAGGAAGGACGUGAUGAAGGCUUCAACCAUGCUGGAGCACUCGCCUGAUCACGCCGUCAUACUCGCCUUUGACGUGAAGAUCGAACGAGAUGCACAGGAGUUGGCAGACUCCAGUGGCGUGAGGAUCUUCCAGGCUGAAAUUAUUUACCACCUCUUUGACCGCUUCACCGAGUACAAGGCGAAGCUGAAGGCUGACCGAAAGGAGGCCAACCGCCACAAGGCCGUCUUUCCCUGCAAACUUCGCAUCCUGCCGAACUGCAUCUUCAACAAGCGUGACCCCAUUGUGGUGGGCGUCAAUGUUGAGGAUGGCGUCCUAGUGCCCGGCACGCCCCUGGCCGUGCCCUCAAAGGAGCUAGACUUGAUCGGCGUCGUCAGCACCAUUGAACACGAUCACAAGGCGCUGGAGAGUGCGAGAAAGGGCCAGGAGGUGUGCAUCAAGAUCGACCACACUAGCUCUGAUGCACCGAAGCUGUACGGACGCCACUUUGAUCUGAACGAUAUUCUCUGCUCAAAGAUCAGCCGCGACUCAAUUGACGUCAUGAAGGAGUACUUCCGUGACGACCUCGAGAAGUCCGACUGGCAGUUGAUGAUUGAGCUGAAGAAGCUGUUUCAGAUUGUCUAA